UAAUAAUAAUAAUAAUAAGGUUACAGACAAAUAUACUAUGUGCAUUCUCAAUCAAAAAGUUAGUUAGUUUUUACUCUCAUUGCUGUUCACUGGUGUGGAGAAGAUUUCUAAAAUGUGCGUUCCAUCAACAAUUGAAAACCCAGGUUUUUAAGAUGGCUUUUAGAAAGUUAUUAAUAAAAAGAAUGUUUCCACACGUGCAAUGGAUAGCAUAGGGUAUUUGUGCAAAAGCACAACACCAUGGUUGUGAGUUCGUGUCUCACCUGGGGCACUAGUUUUAAAACAUUCAGAAUUAAAAAAACUUGGUCUUUUUAGCAACCAAUUAAAAACGCAUAUUUUUAAAGAGGAUGUAGUUUUGAUAGUUCUCAAUUUUUUGGCUUCUUAAAUGACUUUCAAUUUGAAACUUUAAAAAUUGUGGUUUUAGUCUGGUCUUUUAACUUGAUUAAUUUAAUUUGUUUAACUUCAUUAGUCUUAUUUUACAUUGUAGCUAUUUUAUUAAUGUUCUUGUUCGCCUGUGGCUGUUCGCCUACCCACUUCACUAAAUGUCGUUUUACUUUACCACGCCCUUUUGUAGCUAGAAUUGUUCCAACCCUGUACAGUUUGUCCUCUCCUUGGAGGGACAAAUUACCUUCUGUAAUUCUUCAUGAUAGAAGCUCCCGAGAACUGGCUCACCCAUGUAGUCUUUUAGCAGAUAGACCGGGUGUGUCCAGCUUUUCUGAUGACUCGGUCCACUAUAAACAAUUCUGUGGUGUAGUUCUGUUCAUAACCUUUCUCAAAAACUCCUUUAAUUUUAGAAAUCCUGACGUGAUCUCCUUUUCUUAACACUGGAGACUUUGCUUUUUUAUGGCUACUGCGGCCAUAGACUCUUCUCCAAACAGACAGGUCGUUGCUGCUUGUGACAUCUACCGGCCUGCAUUGUAUGGUUCUGUGAAAGCUGUGGUUAUAGCUCUUUAGGAGCUGAGGCAGGACAGCAAUAUACCGGAAUGUGUUGUGAGCAGUAAAAUACCUCCACAUACGUGUUUUCAAGGUUCGGUUCAGUCUCUCCACAAGAGCAGCUUUGACAUCAUUGUUGGUAUGACAGGAUAGGUUUGAAAUUAUCCAAUGAGUAAUUUCAGUUAAAAUAUCAUUAUUAUUUUUUAAACCACCCUCCCACCCGAGAGGAUAGCUGAGGAAUAAUAAUAAUAAUAAUAAUAAUAAUAAGAAGAAGAAGAAGAAGAAGAAGAAGAAGAAGAAGAAGAAGAAGAAGGUUACAGACAAAUAUACUAUGUGCAUUCUCAAUCAAAAAGUUAGUUAGUUUUUACUCUCAUUGCUGUUCACUGGUGUGGAGAAGAUUUCUAAAAUGUGCGUUCCAUCAACAAUUGAAAACCCAGGUUUUUAAGAUGGCUUUUAGAAAGUUAUUAAUAAAAAGAAUGUUUCCACACGUGCAAUGGAUAGCAUAGGGUAUUUGUGCAAAAGCACAACACCAUGGUUGUGAGUUCGUGUCUCACCUGGGGCACUAGUUUUAAAACAUUCAGAAUUAAAAAAACUUGGUCUUUUUAGCAACCAAUUAAAAACGCAUACUUUUAAAGAGGAUGUAGUUUUGAUAGUUCUCAAUUUUUUGGCUUCUUAAAUGACUUUCAAUUUGAAACUUUAAAAAUUGUGGUUUUAGUCUGGUCUUUUAACUUGAUUAAUUUAAUUUGUUUAACUUCAUUAGUCUUAUUUUACAUUGUAGCUAUUUUAUUAAUGUUCUUGUUCGCCUGUGGCUGUUCGCCUACCCACUUCACUAAAUGUCGUUUUACUUUACCACGCCCUUUUGUAGCUAGAAUUGUUCCAACCCUGUACAGUUUGUCCUCUCCUUGGAGGGACAAAUUACCUUCUGUAAUUCUUCAUGAUAGAAGCUCCCGAGAACUGGCUCACCCAUGUAGUCUUUUAGCAGAUAGACCGGGUGUGUCCAGCUUUUCUGAUGACUCGGUCCACUAUAAACAAUUCUGUGGUGUAGUUCUGUUCAUAACCUUUCUCAAAAACUCCUUUAAUUUUAGAAAUCCUGACGUGAUCUCCUUUUCUUAACACUGGAGACUUUGCUUUUUUAUGGCUACUGCGGCCAUAGACUCUUCUCCAAACAGACAGGUCGUUGCUGCUUGUGACAUCUACCGGCCUGCAUUGUAUGGUUCUGUGAAAGCUGUGGUUGUAGCUCUUUAGGAGCUGAGGCAGGACAGCAAUAUACCGGAAUGUGUUGUGAGCAGUAAAAUACCUCCACAUAUGUGUUUUCAAGGUUCGGUUCAGUCUCUCCACAAGAGCAGCUUUGACAUCAUUGUUGGUAUGACAGGAUAGGUUUGAAAUUAUCCAAUGAGUAAUUUCAGUUAAAAUAUCAUUAUUAUUUUUUAAACCACCCUCCCACCCGAGAGGAUAGCUGAGGAAUAAUAAUAAUAAUAAUAAUAAUAAUAAUAAUAAUAAUAAUAAUAAGGUUACAGACAAAUAUACUAUGUGCAUUCUCAAUCAAAAAGUUAGUUAGUUUUUACUCUCAUUGCUGUUCACUGGUGUGGAGAAGAUUUCUAAAAUGUGCGUUCCAUCAACAAUUGAAAACCCAGGUUUUUAAGAUGGCUUUUAGAAAGUUAUUAAUAAAAAGAAUGUUUCCACACGUGCAAUGGAUAGCAUAGGGUAUUUGUGCAAAAGCACAACACCAUGGUUGUGAGUUCGUGUCUCACCUGGGGCACUAGUUUUAAAACAUUCAGAAUUAAAAAAACUUGGUCUUUUUAGCAACCAAUUAAAAACGCAUAUUUUUAAAGAGGAUGUAGUUUUGAUAGUUCUCAAUUUUUUGGCUUCUUAAAUGACUUUCAAUUUGAAACUUUAAAAAUUGUGGUUUUAGUCUGGUCUUUUAACUUGAUUAAUUUAAUUUGUUUAACUUCAUUAGUCUUAUUUUACAUUGUAGCUAUUUUAUUAAUGUUCUUGUUCGCCUGUGGCUGUUCGCCUACCCACUUCACUAAAUGUCGUUUUACUUUACCACGCCCUUUUGUAGCUAGAAUUGUUCCAACCCUGUACAGUUUGUCCUCUCCUUGGAGGGACAAAUUACCUUCUGUAAUUCUUCAUGAUAGAAGCUCCCGAGAACUGGCUCACCCAUGUAGUCUUUUAGCAGAUAGACCGGACCUCACUGAUGUUGAGCCAGGCAAGGCUAACGCUCCACCAAAUCUCGUGGUGUGUGGGAAAGACCAUGAUGAAUGGCUGAGGUCUCUGGCAUCUCUUCUUAUCCCUGGUUGCCAGACCUAGUAGCUGGAAGGACGCACUGGUCUUCUGUGGUUGCUGGUGGGUGCUAUCUCCUGUGCCAAGCAAAACGUCUGCUGCCUCCACCUACACUGUGUCUAUGGCCUGUCUUGCCUGCCUUCUCCCACAAUGUGGUGUGAAGAACUCCUGUGUAUCUUAUUUGGGAAAUGGCACUCAUUCUCUAAAUGCCUGCCUACAUGCAGUGAUGGGCUGGAUGAGGGAGAACAAAUUGAAGCUGAAUCCAAGAAAUAGGUCGGAAAUUCCAGGAAAUAAAAAGCUUUUUAAAGAGCAGGUGACAAAGCCAAACUUCUGUCAGGACAAAACUAGAGAUGCGUAAUUUACUGCUGAACACUGAGUCACCUUCAGUGCAGGAAAUAGACGCAGUAUAUAAACAUACCAAGUAUAUAAGCACAGUGUAUAAGCACAGACUUCCAUAAUCUCCUCCAAGAUACCAAGAAGGUACUUCCGUCCAAUUUGAAAGAGCAAGGAACCUAACCCCUGGAUUCCCAUAAAGUUUUUCAGAGAUGAUCAUGUUCAUUGUGUUGCUGAGCCUUGCUGCUUUGCUGCAACCAUCUGCGGGAUUGUCACCUGGAAGCGAAUUUGCUGCUGGGUCAACCACCACAGCAGAACAACAAAAGGCUAUUGUUGACAAGCACAAUGCUCUAAGGAGAGAAGUGGAGCCAACUGCCCGCAAUAUGCUGAGAAUGGAAUGGAAUUCCGAAGCUUCCGAGAAUGCCAGGAGCUGGGCAGCUCAAUGUACUUUAUCUCACAGCCCGUCCAAUCAAAGAAUUGUCAAUGAAGUAGAAUGUGGUGAAAAUCUCUACAUGUCCACUGCACCUCAGUCAUGGUCCACAGCAAUUCAGAGUUGGUACGACGAGAAGAAAAACUUCAAGUAUGGCAUUGGAGCAGUGCAUCCCAAUGAUGUAGUUGGCCAUUACACUCAGGUAGUCUGGUACAGCUCUUACCAAAUUGGCUGUGCUGCUGCCUCCUGUCCUAAUGCCACGUAUCAGUACUACUACGUUUGCCACUAUUGCCCCGCAGGAAACGUGGUGGGCUCACUUAAAAUGCCAUAUGCUUCGGGACCAAGCUGUGAGGACUGCCCUACAGCUUGCGAUAACGGAUUAUGCACCAAUCCUUGCAAAUAUGUGGAUAUGUACUCAAACUGUGCUGAUUUAGCAAAGUCUCCUGGAUGUCAAAAUCCAAUGGUGCAGGUCAGCUGCCAAGCUUCUUGCCAGUGCACCAGUGAAAUAAAAUAGCUGGUCUUCCUUGUUGAAGCACUCAUA